ACUAGUACGUUAAUUUUCUAUAGUUUUAAAAACAUUCCAACUGUUGGCAGUAAGCAGUAUACAUUCGAUUGGAAUCCUUGUACGAGCUUCAGCGAAAACUCUGAAUGUCUCAAUAUGCUGGUAAGUUAUUAACAUUUUCAGUUAUAAUUACAAUGAAGUUCGGAUAAAACACACAGUCUGAUUGGUUCAGAGUAGAGGUUAUGAGAGUAUAAAACACGGAGGUCAAGCUGUCACAUCACCUACCAAUAGUCAUAUUUAAGCAGUUUGUUUUCAAAUUGUCGUGUUAAUAACAUCCAGGUUUUCAUGAGCUAUAAUUCGGCUGGAUUUAAGUGAACCUUUUUACCUAUAGAAACUGACUUUUGGGAGUAAAAUUUCCUCUGCAUUCGAAUUCGGAGAGCGUUUAACUCGUUUCACUUAGUGAUAGCUGGAAAGUGGAAGCAAAAAAGGGGAAAACAAACAGCGCCAUGUUUCAUAGCCUACGAUAUCAAUUUGCUUUUAAAUAAAAGCCCAAAUGUCAGAGGUUUCUUUUUAGUUUAAUACCCUUAAAAACUCAAGCUGCAAAACGGUGAAAAUGAGGCGUAACGCGUUUAGGGGAAAUUCUUGAGCCGUUCUGAAACCACGGACUGGCACAAUAUUUUAGCUUCAUCAGGUGUAUUAUUCUUUGAACGAACCUUUUGAUGCCCGGAUAAACGACACCCAUAUAUCAAAACCCUUUCAAUCAACCAAAGCCGAAGAACAUCGUUUAUAGAUAGUUGACUAAAACUGUGUGCUUCCAAACAAAGGUAUAAAAAAAAACUGUCAAAAUGGAAAGGCGGUUUUUAUACGAUCUCAGGAAAAAUAACUCUCUUAUUUUGCGCCAUUAUUAGAUUGAUACGAGUUUAACAUAACAAGACUACAAUCACAAUUUGACAACCCAAUUGAUAAAAAAGGCAAAUAAAAUCAUGUGAAAACGUCGUCGGAGAACUGAGGUUAUGGUGUACUCGGAAAAGACGUGCGUACCUCUAGAAAAAGCCUUGCUACUGACACUUUCUUUCCUUUAGUAUGCAGCCUAUUUUAUUGCAGGCGGUUUUACUGUGAUUCGCUCUCUUCUAAGUCUAGAAUUUAUGUAAUACAAUCGCUAGAAACAUCAGAACUGCAAUUAAGCCCAUGUUUCGCAAUAAUUUCUUUUUCUUGUUUUGUUGUUUGUUGUUGUGGUUGUUUUGUUUUUUUUUUUCUAUUUAAGAUGUGCCAGAAAAAUUUGCAUUCUACAGAUGAAAACAACCCAUGUGCGCAGAAGACCUCUAAAUUUAAAGUUAACAAGGAUGGUACAACCACCAUCAUCUACCAGUCAGUUACUGACAGCAAGGACUACGAACGGUAUGUAACUAAAUUUCAGGUGUUUAUUUGGGUUAAUCUGAUCAGCGGAAAAUGCAUUGACAAUGUAAUGAGUCAACAUUUCGAGUGAAUUCAUUAAAUCCUGAAUCUGUCAGGUCGAAAUCUUAUUGUGCGAUCAUUGAAAAUACAAAACCUGUGAUUCAUUUUGUUAAAAUGUUCAACUUCAGAGUCAUUAAAACCAAUCUUUUACUCAACAUAAUCAAUGACUAAAGUUCAGUUAAGUUUUGCUCGUGUUACUUUACCCGGUUCUAAUGUUACCAUGCAGGAAGAUCAUGAAGUCACUUUCGCGUGUGAGAAAGAUAUUAAGUAAAGUGGUUUGGCAAUUUAAGGGAAAAAACAGCGACAGCUUUGUGGUUUUUUUCCUCCUCAGCCUCAAACCAGCUCAUUUGAUUUUUCAAGCCUUUAUUUAGUGUCAUUUUUUCCUUUUUUACAGAUCAGUGGAGAUCACACUUAAAUGUGACGAAUCCCAGUAUCCAGGAAAUACAGGCAGCGGAGUAACAGAACGUUACGAACCAAAAAAUUCAGCCUAUGUAAGGUUUUGACGAAUAACCGUUUUUUUACUCUUUUUUUUGACAAGUUAUCCAAGUCCAAUCAAGAUGUUGUUCUGUUUCAAACUUUUUCAAGGCCAGGUUCAAAUACCGAAUGUUUCAUGAGCACAACUUAAUUCAAAUUAGGAGGACCUCUUUUAAUAAAAAAUACUUCUGCUUAAUCGGACGCUGAUCUAAUAAUUCGCAUCUAAUACGUUUUAGUAUAAAUGUUAAAAUUCCUGAACAUGCUAUCACCUUAAAUUUAUGCAUUAAAAUCGGCACGUGAAAAGAUGGGCAUCCCAAAAUUCCCUGCCCAAACAUAGGCGACAAUAGUGGAUGAGUAGUUCUAACAAGAAAUAUAUGAAGCUUUUGAUAUUUUUAAUUCAGCACAUUAGGUUCAGCUCAUGAAACAGAUUACUUCUUUUGAGCACUUCCAAGAUAUGGAAAGCCGCAAUUUUAGAGUGUAAGAUGGCUAAAUAUCGCAAUUGAUAGUGUUCUUGGACUGCACCCUGCUAUUAGUGUAUAAUCUGGGACAGUUUUGGGGCUGCGCAGCUCCGACUUGGAAGAUUUCUUUCCGUAACAUACACGAGUUGGUUUAUUCGAUUCAAUUUUUUGUUUCUGUUACAAUCUGUUUCCUCGUAGACUAUGGUUUUUACAUCCAGAUGCGCAUGUGACAAUGGCUGUAACAGUUCAUCAGAAUCAUGAAGUAGGAGACUCAGUAUUGGAAGUAUUUUAUUGAUAGUGUGAGUUCAAAUAGAUUUUAGCUAUUGUAUUGAGUUAUGAAUCCGCAUAUUUCAAUACUUUGGACGAACUCAUUUAGUGAUGGAACAUUCCAAAACAUUAUCAAAUUACUUUUUUGUACUGUCCGCGAAUCUAGUACGUAUAUAAAUCGGAUCAAUUUAGGUGUGUGGGAAACUGCCCACCUACCCAUUCCCUAAAUCAACAUUUUGCCAUAAACGAGAAGUAAGUGUUAAUGUUGGCUUAGGGGAGGGGUAGGUUGGCAGUUUCCCAGAAACCUAAAUUCAUCCGAUAAAUCCCGGUUUCAGCAACGUCUGUGAAGCAGCGCCGAGACUCAACGAUCCGGAAAUGAGUUUCGGAUUUCCUUUAAUUCUGAUCGACAAAUCGACAUUUAAUAGACCAAUCAUGGCACGUACUCAAAUCCUGGUACACAGCAGGUGGGGGCGAUCGAAGAGCAAGGAUUUAGCAGCUGUUUUGCCUUAACCACAGUUAAGUUUCGUCUGUGGCGCACGCUACGCAUGCAGCCGCUACUCAUCUUUUCAGCAACGUCUUCAUCCUCCAGGGACUAGGAAAGAUUAGAAAGGGCAGUAUUCCCAGGCUACUAUUUUGUUCUACUUGCCUAAUGUUUUUACAUCUUUUUUUUUUCAGGUUUUUCGCAUUGCUUCUUGUUUAUUUAAUUGCUGGAAUUCUUAUUAAAAGAUACAAAAUGGGAGUAGAAAGUGUGCCAGAGGUGAUACCUAAUUUCGAGUUCUGGGCUGGAAUUCCAUCUCUUGUUAAGGUAAAUAGAAGCCGACUUUACCAAGGUAUUACUUAACGUUUAACCCAUGGAACACGGAACCAGGAAGUUUUAGCUGUGGAAUCCGGAUUCCUGGACUUUGGAAACUGGAAUACAGCUCACGGAAUCCGCAAUCCCACUCAAACGAUUGGAAUCCAGAAUCCAGUACUUAAAAUCCAGAAUCCACGGCAUGGAAUCCAGAAUCCAAGACUGUCUUCCGUACAUGGGGCGAAAUCUAGCCACAAGUUACUUUUGUACUUUGCAUUAGUACUGCUCUUCUAAGGAUUCGUCCUUACCCCCACUCUUACAGUCUCUGAAAUAUCCUCUCUUUUCAGGAUGGAGUUGUGUUUACAUGUCAAGGCGUAAGAUCUGGAUGUUCUUCAUUGUACCAGGGGUCCAGUAAAGGUGGCUAUGACAAGAUUUAA